GGCACAAAACUCGCGGCCACGAAAGAGCUCCGUCUGUGGAUCGGCGUCCUGCUUCGUAACAGGAAUGAGACUGUUAAGCUUCAUCUGCGCCGCGUGCUUCAUUGUGGAAGAAGUCCACGCGUGGGGCUUCAAGAACGGCGUCCUUCACAACUCUAUUUGGCUUGAGCAAGCAGCUGGAGUGUACCACCGGGAAUCACGUAAAGGGAGGUACCAGCUUACCUACAAAGAGGCAAAGGCUGUCUGUAAAUAUGAAGGUGGAAGACUGGCAACAUAUAAAGAGCUGGAGGCCGCCCGUCAAAUAGGUUUCCAUGUGUGUUCAGCUGGUUGGUUUGACAAAGGACGAGUGGGUUACCCCAUCGUUAAAGCCGGCCCCAACUGCGGCUUCGGAAAGGUUGGCGUCAUUGACUACGGGUAUAGGCUGAACAAGAGCGAGAGGUGGGAUGUCUACUGUUACAAUCCCACUGUGAAGGAGUGCGGCGGGGUGUUGACAGACCAGCAGAAGAUUAUUAGUUCCCCAGGAUACCCCGACGAGUACGAGGAUGAACAGAUCUGCUACUGGCACAUCCGGGUGCGCUAUGGUCAGAAGGUUCGAGUGCACUUCUUGGAUUUUGAUGUGGAGGAUGACACAGACUGUCUUGCUGAUUAUCUGGAGAUUUAUGAUAGCUAUGAUGACCUCUUCGGCCUUGCUGGCAGGUUUUGCGGUGACAAUUUACCGGAGGAUUUCAUUAGUACAGGUAAUGUGAUCACCCUGAAGUUUCUGUCAGAUUCUUCGGUGACUGCUCCUGGCUUUCAGUUGGAAUAUACUGCACUCAACUCAACUCUCCUUUCCCAAGAUACCAAGAUACUGCUACCAUGA